GAGGAUCGUAGGUGCUGUGGACAGUGGCCUGAGGUAUGGGGUGGUGGCAUCCCUCGAUAUCCUCGUCGAUAUUCUAUUCUCAGAACGGAAUGACAUCGAGAUAAUCUCGUCAAAGAGCAACGUUCAUCUGGAAGAAGGAAUAUAUAUACCGGACAGUGUACAGCGAUAUCAGCGAACCGUUGAACGCAAACUCCUCCUCGUCGACCUGGGAAAAAACAACCUCGAACAGCCAGAUCUGCACACAGCGCCUCUCCGAAUCCUUACGAACCUUGAAACCACUAUGGACGCUCCCGCUGAGAACACUCCUGAUGUUCAGGAAGACCCUUGUGCCGCCUCGUAUGACGACUCGAGGCACGGACUGCGUAUCGCAUCGAUCUUUAUCAUCCUCGUGACUUCGAUCAUCGGCACCCUCGCCCCCGUGCUCUUGCGACGCACGAAAUCAGUCUUUGCCCACCCGCUCGUCUUUGACUUUUGCAAGUUUUUCGGUAGCGGUGUCAUCAUCGCUACGGCGUUUAUGCACUUGUUAACACCCGCCUUCGAAGCGCUUGGAUCGGAAUGUCUGAGCGGAGGAUGGACCGAAUACGACUGGGCUCCGGCCAUCGCCAUGAUGUCCGUCUACGCCAUCUUCUUUGCCGAAGUCGCCGCCUACAGGAUCGGGAACAAGAGGAUGGAAAAGCUCGGGAUGACUUACAACACUCACGCCGACGCUGAGGCUGAACACGGUCAUUCCCACGCUCACGAAAACCUCAACAACGGGAACGCCCUGGACGAGUCAAUCUCCCCUAUCGGCUCUUCCGAGGAGGGCGUUGCCGGUGUCAACGUCGGGGCGGGUAGUAAAGCCAAGAUGGCCGAAGCUGGUUUCGCCUCCUCUGACAGUCUCGAUGCGGAUGCUGCCAGGACGGACUACGACAUUUCCACCUCGGAGGGGGUCGCCCAGCUGAUCGCGGUCGCCGUUUUGGAGUUUGGUGUCAUCCUCCAUUCCAUUGUCAUCGGUCUGACGUUGGCCCUGAGUGACGAGUUCGUCACCCUGUUCAUCGUCAUCAUCUUCCACCAAAUGUUCGAGGGUCUCGGUCUGGGAUCUCGUCUGUCUCAACUUCGUCUGCCUCACAAGAUGCGUCUUGCGCCGUAUGCCGCCGGUAUCCUCUACGCAUUGAUGACCCCCCUCGGUGUGGCCAUCGGUCUUGGUGUGAGGGAGUCGCUGAAUACUAACGGUGCUGCUAUGGCCGGAGCGUCAGGCACUCUCGAUGCGUUCAGUGCAGGGAUCCUCCUCUACACCGGGCUUGUCGAGCUUUUGGGUCACGAGAUCCUCCUCAACCCUCGAAUGAUGAAGGCCUCGAACAAGCGGAUGACGUUCGCGUUUGUCUGCAUCUGCCUUGGAAGCGGUCUCAUGGCCUUGCUCGCCAAGUGGGCCUAGACGUCGCACGAGGCGAGGGACUUCUCCUCUUCCAAAACCGAUCUUUAAAGGAUCUUCACGAGCCAUAGACUGUAUCUUCCCCCCCACUCGAGGAGGAUGACGAUUUGAAGCGAGGGCGUCGAUGGACGCACCGGCAUAAUAUAGAUAUAUAGAAAGAGAGACGGACUAGAAGGAUGUACGAACCCAUGUAACGAUGUACUACCUGGAAACAACAGAUGCUUCUUCUUUG